GGGCAUUUAUUCAAGCAUGGCGCCGUCGGGCGGACAACAAACCCAUGGUGGAAGAGACAUAUCACCGUUUAUCUACUAAAACCUCUAAUAUGUUUACUGUAUUUUUAUUUCUCCCACUUACAUUGAAAAAAUAUAUAAAAUGGAUGUUUUCCACCUAAAAAUCUAUCAGUUUUCGAUUUCAACCUGAAAAUUCGUCAGUUUCUUUUGUAUUCUACGUUAUUUUGACAUGAUGGAAGAAUUAAAGAAAAAAUUACAACAACAGGUGCGCAAUACUCAUAAAUCCAUCGGCGAACUGGUAAUUAAUAGAAAAUAUAUCAUAUUGAAUUUAACAAGAAUGGAAACUCAAUUCGGUCUGUCUAUAAAGUGCCAGUUGUCAGACACUGGCACCAACGUAAAUAGUGAAGGUAAAUCGUUGAGCUCUAAAAAUGAAAAAAAAAUUUCGGGGAUAUUUUAUGUCUAUUUGCCAAAAUCAGUUAGCAUGUCUGAAGAGGAAAUUGCUAAUUUCAACAGUACAGAAGACGAAAACAUGCAUUUGGUCUACAGGGGUAAUACUCCAAAAAACAAAUUUCUGAUUGAUUUUAUUUGAAAAAUUUAAAAAAUAUAAAUAAAUGAUUUAAUUUGAAUUGUUAAU